AUGACUAAAAGUCAAAAAGAGAAUGAGAAUUUCAAGGAGAAGACGGUGGAAAGAUUUGGUCAGCUCGAAGCUUCAAUGAGGAAUCUCGAGACUCAAAUUGGACAGAUAGCUACAGCAUCCCAUACGAGAAUUCCUAACGCCAUCCCGAGUGAUACGGUGCCCAAUCCUAAGGGCUAUGAGCAGUGCAAGGCGGUUAAGCUAAGAAGUGGCCGCAAGUUAGGUUCGACACCAGGUGCCCAACAUGGUCAAGAACAAGCUGCAUCUGGCAGCAAGAAGUAUGGUGAAGAAUCCGAUUCGAGUGGAAAAAUUCGAGUAGAGAAGGAUAUCCGCAAAAAGAUCCCGCUAAGUCCGGCAAUGGACCCGCAGUGUCCAUUUAAUUUUCCAGAUUUUAUCCCGCCCCCACCUUUCCCAGUCGAGAAUAAGAAGAAGGGUAGAAAAAUAAUUCAAGAGAAAGGACUCGAUUGGAUGAUGAACAUUAUCAGGAAAGUUAAUGUAGAUGUGUCCCUGGUGGAUUUGUUCCUACACUUUCCUAAGUUCUCCAAGUUUUUUAAGGAUCUUAUCGCGAAAAAGGAGAAGAUACAAGACGAUGGUGUGGUGAUAUUGAGCGCAUUUUGCUCACAAUUUGUGAAGGGAAAGAUGCCGGCAAAGAGAAGAGACCCUGGAAGCUGUGUGAUCCCAUGUGAGAUGGGAGAUAAGAAGUUCCCAAAGUGCCUACUUGAUCAAGGCUCGGGAAUAUCAUUGAUGGCUCUGAAAACCGCACGGUCAAUCGGUCUAGAAGCGAGGAUUGAACCAAUCGACAUUGACCUACAAUUGGCGGAUCAUUCAAUUGUGAAACCAAAAGGGAUCAUCGAGGAUGUCUUGGUGAAGGUUGAGAGAUUUGUACUCCCGGUUGACUUCAUUGUCCUAGAGAUGGAAGAGGACAAGGAUAUGCCUAUCCUCUUUGGUAGGCCAUUUUUAGCAACCGGUGAUGUUGUGAUAGAGACCAAGACAAAUACGGUCAUGUUUCGAGUAGAUGGAGAGAAUGUGGUGAUCAAGCAAGAGAAGGCGGGGAAGCGCCUAUUGGAGCCUGGAUAG